AAAAAAGAUAAUUCCUCCCCUCUCCCUUUCUCACUCACUGGCCGUCUCUUUUCCCUCGUCCUCGAGCUUCGCCAACCAAGAUCCGCAGCAAAACCCUAGAAACCGCUAUUUCACCCCCACCGCCGAGGUGAGAGAAAGCGCCAUUGCCACCGGCCAAGCUGCACCCUCCGCUACAUUUCUCUCACCUCUCUUUCUCUCUCGCACGCUCGCAGCCGGACCUCUAUACGAUCCGAAUCUCUCAACCUCCCUCAGAGAUUCGCAGCAGGAUGGCAGCUACCGUAGCACCCAUGCAGCAUCCCACAAUUCCUCCUGCCGAUGUAGUUGGCAAUGCAUUUGUUCAUCAGUACUACCUUAUCUUGCGCCAAUCUCCAGAGCUUGUUCACAGAUUUUACCAGGAUGAUAGUAAGCUUGGCCGCUCUGAAGAGAAUGGGAUCAUGAGUACCACAACCACAAUGCAGGCCAUCAAUGAGAAGAUACUCUCACUUGGUUAUGAAGAUUGCAAGGUCGAAAUUCUGACAAUCGACUCCCAGGAAUCAUACAAUGGUGGGGUCCUAGUCCUUGUGACUGGAUAUCUGACUGGAAAUGAUGAUGUGCGACAGAAAUUUACUCAGAGCUUCUUCUUAGCACCUCAAGAAAAGGGCUAUUUUGUUUUGAAUGAUGUAUUCCGAACUGUUGAUGAGGCCACGGUUCAUAACGGGAAACCAGAUCCGGUUGACGAUGUUAAAUUCCCAGCUACUACUGAAGAGGGUAAUAUACAUCUUAAAGAAUUUCUCUGCUCAGAUUCUUCGCUUGUUAAGGAAAAUAUUAUUUUGGAGCAAGUACCCAGUUUAUCAGAGGAUGUCAAUGGGGGUGAAGUUUACGAUCCAUCCGACAGUGGGGAUGCUUCAGUGGAAGGGGAGGAAGUACCAGUGGCUGAAGUUCUUGAUGAAGUUCCUGAAGACUCACAAAUGGCAAUUGAUUCACAAGUGGUCACCGGAUCUGACACUAAGAUUGAGGAUGUGCCUAAAAAGUCAUAUGCUUCCAUUGUGAAAGUUAUGAAGGAGAAUGCUGCGCAAUUCUCAUUGCCUGCUGCUUCUCCACUGAGAUCAGCUCAAAAGAAUCAAGAGCAGUUGCCUGCAUCGGCACCUCCAUCCCAAGUAUCUGAACCACAUGCCUUGAACUCAAACGGGACUGAAAAUGGUAGUACCCAAGGCAUGGAAGAGGGUCCUUCCAUCUACGUCAAAGGGUUGCCUUUUGAUGCUAACCAUGCUUUGAUUGAGAAUGAAUUCAAGAAGUUUGGGAUAAUCCGCUCUGGUGGUAUUCAAGUUAAAAACAAUAAGGGAUUUUGUUUUGGCUUUGUGGAAUUUGAGGCUGCCAGUGCUGUUCAAAGUGCAAUAGAGGCUUCACCUAUCAUGAUCAAUGGUUUUCGGGUUGUCGUUGAGGAAAAGAGGUCUACAUUUCGAGGAAACGGUAGGGGUAGGUUUUCAUCAGGUGGCGGCGGCGGUUACAGAAAUGACGGAGUAAGAGGGCGCGGAGGCUUUGGAGGCGGUGGCAGGGCAUACGGGCGCGGCGGGGGUGGCGGCAUUGAAUAUGGGAGCAGGAAUGGCGGCCGUGGUAGUGGUGGAUUUUCAAACCGUGGGGGUGGUGAAGGAUAUCGGAGAUCUGAAAAGACGGGGAACAAUGGUGGUGGGCGUACGAGCCGUUCUGGUGGGCCGCCUAUGAAUGUGGCUAGAAGCACAGCGCCACAUGUGUCUGCGACAGCUUGAAAAUCUGAGUCCGACUGAUGGUAAUGUUUCUGUUUAAUCGCGGCAGUUAUUUUGAAGUGCAGGGAGUCGUCUGGAAAUUUGUUGAGUAGCAUUAAGAUGAGGUUAAUGAAAAUUUAAGUAGGGAGUGAGGUAACCUGAAGUUUUCGUUGGAAGGAAAUUGGUUUUUGGUUGGUUUUAACUGGCAAGGGAGGGGUAGAAAUUCUUGUCUGGUAUACUAGUAGGCUAAUUAUGAUAUGAUAGCUAGCAUUAGACAAUGUGGCGGCAUUGGUUCAUUUUCGCUAUAUGGAAAAUACUGCGAGGGCGAACGUCUUCAUUGGGUCUGCGUUGGCUCUUGUUUUGAUGUUUAUGUGAAUGUAGAAUGUGUUUGUUGACGUAAUAUAGAUUCAGCUGCUCGGAGGCUUCUUCAUUUUUUG